CUUCAAUUACCCACUUUUAUACACCCAUUUCAGUCGAUUGCUGGCUGUCACUGCACUGGAAUAACUCUCUUGAUUGCACCACGUGCUGGAAACCGGCACCUGAGCCUUUUCACUUCUUCACAUUUUGAGUUUACAUUCCUGUUCCACCGUCAAUGUUUGGUAGACGUCAGGCCAAAACCACCCACAAACCCGCCUAUACCGGUGUGAACCAUGUGGCAAGUGCGGACCAUCAACCCAACUCAAACGCACUUGCUGCUGCGCUUACCAUUGGCCAGUCCCUCAAGCAGCAACUGCCACAACAGCCCCAGCCCCAGGUACAACAACAACCACCUCGGUUCCUGCUUCGCUCUAACAGUAUUCAACACCAGAAUGCCACUCAGCAACAGCCCCAAUCGCGUAGAAGCUCACUUCUUAAGCGUUCUUCGUCCAUUACAACCAAACCAAAUGCCGCUAAUGCGUUCCAAUCGUUUGGUCCACACACCCCUGCGGCUGCGACUCCUCCAUCGAGAAGACAAAGCGUAGACUCCAGUUAUUACGAAAACCACGCCCAUAUGAACGACUUGCACCAUGGUGGAGCUGCUGCUGGCAGUGGACCAGGAACGGCAGCUCCUGUGAAAAUGGUGAAGAAAUACGUGCCAACUGCCAAUGGGAUUCAAAUCAUUGAAGUCCCAGAAUCUACGCUUGCCAAGGAGAUUGCUCGUUCUAACAGUUUGAGAAAUCUCCCCCGUACAAACAGUGUCAUCCGCAGACCUCCGGGAACUGCCGGAUCGCACUCACAACGUACUGCGUCUCUCAGAGCAUCCUCAAGACCAACAUCGCGUCUCUCGUCAUUGGUGGAAUCUCCUAGUAGACUCAGACCAAUGCGUGAAGAACACAUUUCUACUCUUUCAGAAGAACCCAGAUCACCAACCGAUUCGGAAUUUGAAUCCUUGGACAAGGAAAUUGAAAGAGAAAAGAAAUAUGUAGAGGAUUUGGCAAAGAAGAGAAGAGAAUAUGAGCAAUUGAAGAAUAAACGAUUAGAAGAGGAAAGAAAGAUUAGAGAAUUGCAACAAUCAGAACAGGAAGAAUCUCGUGAUAUUGGAGAAGACGAGGCCAAUGCCACCGUGGAAUGCGUUGUCCCUCUUGAUGGUGUUACAUCCACUGCCGGUACGUCUACAUCCACAGCAGGUACCUCUUCGUCCAACAACAAUUCCGCAUCAGUUGCCCCAUUCACCGACUCUGAUAUCUCUUCAUUUGAACCAACCAUAGACCCAAGCCAUGUUGUAGUAGAUGAGUUUGAAAAGAAGGCACUUGACCACACUGUCGAUCACACUAGUGAGCAGAUUAACUCCACUCUUCCAGACCCGGAACCAUCGAUGGUGGAUGAGGGAACCGAAUCUACUGCAAGUUCUUCUUUGGCCAAGCAACUUAGACCAACGUUUGACACGGAACCAACGGUUAUAGAAAAGGAACAGUUUGAUCAUCAACUUUCCGACCAGCUUAAUGCGGAAUUGCUUCAAAUCCCUGGUCCUUUCAUUUCUGGUGGAAGUUCCUCAUCAUCUAUUCGAUCAUCUGGUAGUUUGGACUCGCCUUCUAAGUCCAAGAAGACUCCAGUUAAGUCUGCUAUGAAAAACUCUCCUUCCUUCUACUCUAACAAAUCUAGAAGCAGAACCAAUAGUAACACCAACCCUGCACAUCAAGCAUACCUUUCGCUCACAACUGCAGAGAAUACACGUUUGAACUCCAAAUUGUCGUCAUCUCAGUUGGACUUGGUACAACUGUCUGGGAAUGUAUACCAUCCACCACCUCCUACUAUUCAAUCUACUGCCCAGACACCUUCUCCUCAAUCAAAGAGAAUGUCUCAAACUUUAAGAACCCCACAAGGCCAAACUUCUUCUCCUAACGGCCCUGUGAAUGGUUCUGGAUUCCAUCACAAUGGGAAUGGUGCCGCGCAAAAUGGAUCGCUCUCGGGUCGUUCUCUUCGCCCACAAUCAUUUGUUGAUCCAUCGCGUCGUAAUGCUCAACCGGAACAACCAAAGGGUAUGAGUGGUAGAUCCCUCAGAGACAGAUCGUCCGUGUAUGUGGCGCCAAUAGGUGCACACCCAGCGCUUCAACCUGGAUAUCAAUCUCCAUCCAAGGCUCGUGCUGCUGAUCUAUAUGCGAGGGCCAACGCAAGACCUGUUUCUACCUUUAAACCACAAAAGAAGUCUUCCUUCAGUAGAGAAGAUUCUCACGGAGAACCUCAACCUGAAAGAAGAACUACUCUUAGAGACACCAGUGGAAAUAUCAACAAUGGUGCUGCUAUCGAACAUCAAGCUACUGGGGAAAAACCUAGUCCUGUAAAUGCAAAUGGUGUCAUUCCUCUCAAGAACACAGCACAGGCUCCAGGUUCUCGAUUCAGAUCUCGUCUUGCUGACUCAGAUGAUGAGUCUGAACCAGUUGGUCUUGGUCACCCACACGCGCACGCACCACCUCAAGCCACUCGCUCGUCUAGAUUUGCGUCUCGUUUCAAUGAUUCUGACGAUGAAGACGAUAUUUUCAGCAAUGGUCAACACGCAUCAUCUGCAUCAUCACCCGCGCAAAACCACUACCACCAGCAACACCACCAACAACACCACCAGCAACAAAGCGCCACUUCACCAACAGGUCAGUAUUCUCUCAGAGAAGACAAAAGGGCCCCAAUGGAAUCCUUGCGUAACUCAGAACCAAAGUCUGAACAAAAGCCUAAGAAGAAGUCCUUUGGUAAACUUAGAAAGCUUUUUGGUAAAAAUUAAAAGAAUUGGAGAACCUUAAUUAAUGGAAUGUACCCUCCUAAUUAGCUACAUAAUUGCUUGAAUAUAUCUUCAUAUAUAUAUAAAAUUUCUAUAUUUACAAGUCGAGACCCGCUCGGUCGUUCAUCUCCACUCCU